UAAUUUCUCAUCAGUUUUCACCUUGGUCAUGUUCGUGGCAGGAAGUUGUUUUUAUAGUGAGUAAGUUACAUGACAUAUCUGCUCAUACUGUACAGAUAUGAAGCCACUGGAAUUCCACUGGUCCUUUAACUGGUAAUUAAUUUGGUAAUUGAGUGAAUAAUAAAAAAUUAAUAAAGCAAAAACAGAAAUCAUGCUUGUGGGGUCUUUUUUAAAACUCCAUCAAAAACCAGUGAAUAAUCUUCUUCUUCUUCUUUGUUUUAAUGUUUCAGCUUUACCUUGCCUCAGAGCCACGGCACCCUUGCCCCUUCUUCUACAACGCCUUCACCAAACCCCUUAAUUUUAGGGAACCCAGGAAGCUCGCUGCUGAUUGGACAGCAUGCUGCAUUUCUACACCUGGCUCAGCUGAAAGCCCAGGCUGUAGCUCUAACACAGAUUAACAAUGCUAUCAGUGUUGGUUGUCAAGCUGCAAACUUGACAUCCAUCACUAACAUAUCUACUCCUUAUGGAGCCUCCAAACCCCCCUCCCCAACAGCAGCAGCUAUCAGCCUCCUUAACCGCCUGAAAAUUGCAAACACCAUGGCUCAGCCCCUCCAUAAACUGUUACUUUUGGGUCACCAGAACUCCUCCCAAGGACAACAUGGAUUCUCCAGCGGGGUUCCUGAUGUAGGUCCAGGCUCAGCAACUCCAUGUCUUAGAUCUGCGUGUGGCUAUAGCCCAUCUGCUGGUCCUUUUGCUACUCUGGCAACUGGCAAUUCUGGAAGAAUAAUCCCACCGCUCAUGGGUCAUACUGGGGUCUCCAGACCUGAACAGAGUGGAGCCAUAAGUCAUCAAGGUAUGAGCGUCCUCAAAUACCAGCCUCAAGGCCAGAACACAUGUCCUGCUGGCUCUCUGGGAGGAUUGGCAGAAACAACCUGCCCAGAGUCUUUAACCUCAGUCUCUUCAGGUCUCAGAUAUCCUGAUGUUGAAAGUUCUAGAAGCUCCUUGGUUGGGUUGCCAAAAUAUGAAAGAUCAAGAGAUGAUGAUUCUGAACGUAAUUCAUCCUCUGUUUCAUGGAGCCAUACGAGGAAUGAUGAAAAGAAAGAUAAUGUGGGAACUGGUGAUGGUGAGAGUCCAGUUCCAGGUGAACCUAGGAGUCUUACUGAGACAAGUUACCCAACAUUCACCCCUGAAGACGCUGUUAGAAUUCUUUCACACUUUGGACUAGAAAAAGAGGACUUGGGGUUUCUUGUUUCUUAUCCAGAGGAUCAGUUAACGCCUGCCAACUUACCCUUUAUCUUGCGUCAUAUCCAGAUGCAGAAGAGAAAAACCCUUAGUACAACUGUCAGUGGUACGAGAGCCACCAUGGCUGUUUCUCAGCCUCCUGAAGCUAAUGACCAUGGUCCCACCAGAGUUGAGGAUGAAACAACCAAAAGUUCAAACAGUGAUGGAAAUGGCAGGAGAUUGUUUGACACUUACAAGAACCAUUCAAGUCAGGGCAGUGAAGAACUACUGAAGAACAUUGGCUCCUCACAUGAUCAAAGCAACACUAUUGAAAACACUGUGUGUAGUUUAAGGCCAAACUCUGCAAUUUUACCAAUCAACGAUGAAGCCUGGAGAUUGGAAGUACAACCAAACCAGACUUUUGUGACUGGCUCUACACCUUGGAUUGUGCCACCAAAAGAAGUUACAGGGGGGGUCCUCAUGGCUGAAGACUCUUCUACCUACCACCAGUACACUUCAAGGCAGAGCAGUGGAGCUUCUCUUAACAAAGAUCCUUUUGGACCUUCAAACAUUAGUCCUUUCACUGUGCCCAACAAUGAAAAGGGAACUUUUCAUGUUAUACCUGUAAAUGAAAAGUUGCCUUCUCUGAAUAGAGAGAACGCAGAUCAACAUUUAAAAUGGAAACAUCAGUCAUCCUUGCCUCUGCGGCACUGUGAGCACCAUGGUCAGGGUAAAAAUCAGUACAAAGGAUCAAUGUUACCUCCGAUGCAAAUCAGAAACCAUCAGAUACAGCAGCAUCAAAUACAGGAACCAGCCAAGAAGAACGCAGCUGUGAAAAUGGGAAAGGCCCUGCGAAUCCCUGUUGUGGCCGAAAAGCUCCCUCCCCCCUUAGCACCGAUCACCAAAACUCCUGUGCCAAAAGUCCAGUGUUCGGUUGGUGAACCCGGUUCUGCUUCAUUUAGGCCUGCUCAGAGUCGGAGUGGACAGAACGUACAUAAGUGGUCAUAUGACUCCAAGGAGUCCAUCGUUGGGCUGCAUUGCAACAGGAUAACACCCAGUGUGUUUCCACACACCUGUUCUCUGUGUUACAUCAAAUGCAGGACGUUGAAGGAAUGGUUCGACCAUCAGAAGACCAUACUUCAUGUUAAGAGACAAUUUCAAAUACAGUCAGGUUCUUCCUCCACACGUUCAAAGAGCCUCAACAGGUACAGCAGGGGAAGGGAGAAACGAAAUGUUGAAGAGACACAGUACGCAAUGAGAAGAACUUUUGAAAGAGGGUCAUCACCAAGAAGGAACAACGGAAGGUGGUCAUCACCAUCUUUCCAAACUCCAAAGAGGAGAGUGGGCAGAGGAACAUCAACAUUUAACCAGUUGCAGACGAGGAACAUAAAUAGAAGGUUCUCACCCGUUCCACAUUUGCCAAGAUGGAGAAGAAUGGAUGGUCAAAGUUCUUCGAGUUACGAGCGAUGGUCAUCUGUGAAAAGCCAUGGAAGACUAUCAUCAUGCAAUAGGAGCAAUGAGAGAAGAUCUUCUCCAAGAAGUUGUCACCGACAACAUUCACCGGAAACCACCCACAAACGUAAACGAUCAAGCUCUACCGAGAAAGUGUUAAAGGAGAUACUGGAUGAUCCAGGUUUGAAUUUAAAAAAUGCAAAAAGUAUUUUGCUGCCAAAACAUUCUGUCCUGUGUCUGCUAGUUUACAGUAUUUACAGUUACAGUAGUACUGUAACAUAAAUUCUCUAUAAACUGUGUUUUUCUGACAG